UACCGUCCGCCGACUAUCCGCUCAGGUCCAUUGCAACGCCACCCACAUAUACUUCUCCGCACCGACCUUCCGACCAUCCGACUAAUUAAUAACUACCGGUGCUACUGCAGGCCUAAGGCGGCGCCAUUAUUGGGUCACUGUCUGCCUAAUGAAGAUGGCGUUUAGUUACUCUACGACCUACGACAACUGUGCCAUUCCAUUCCCCCCCUUCUCCUAAGGCUCUCUUUCUCAAUAUCAGACUUGUAUUGUUCAAGUCUCACUAGCGUUCAUUUGCUACCAAGUUCAAGAUCAAGUCACAAAGAAAAAAAAAGAAAGAUUACGACUACGCACAAUGCCGCAGCUUCUUUUCGGCACAGCCUCUUUUGGCAUGCCCAUGACCAAGUUUGAGGAUGUGGAAAGUGUAAAGGAACUCCUUAAGACGCUCCGUGACCUUGGCAUUAAUCGCUUAGAUUCUGGCGCUCGAUACCCUCCCCCUAAACCUGGCCGGGCAGAGGAACUUAUUGGAGAAGCGAGUGAUCUCAGCAAAGACUUCAUCGUUGACACCAAGGUCUAUACCGACACUAAAACCGAUGGCAGUGGGGACUUGACUGUAGAGGCCAUCGCAUCCUCUACCUCCCAAAGUCUACAGCGCCUAAAGCGCCCUGAGGGUGUGAAUAUACUUCAUAUUCAUCGUGCUGACCCUUCCACACCUCUGGAAGAGCAACUUCGAGGAUUCCACGAGCAAAUUUCCCAGGGCCAUUGCAAGAAAUGGGGCGUCUCGAAUGUCCCCAUACCAACGCUAGAGAAAAUGCUUCAACUAUGUGAGCAGAAUGGUUGGGAAAAGCCAAGCUGCUACCAGGGCCCAUACAACCUAGUAACGCGCGGUAUGGAGAAAGAGCUGCUGCCACUGCUACGAGCUCAUGGUAUCGCCUUUAACGCAUUCCAGUCACUGGCAGCGGGGUUCUUGACAGGCAAGUUAGUCAACGACCAGCACGCUGGGACUCGCUUCGGCGAUGAUCACCCCCUCGGCGCGAUCGCACGCAAGAUGUUUGGAGGGGAAGACCUGCUUGCAGCAAUGAAAAAGUUCGAUAAAGAUGUGAAAGCUCUCGGUCUUACCCCCCUGGAAGUCGCAGCACGGUGGAUCACGCAUCACUCAGCCCUGGGCGACGACGACGGGGUCCUCUUAGGGGCCAGCAAGAGUGACCAGAUUGUUGAUACCGUCGGUAUAAUUCGCAAAGGACCGUUACCAGAUGCUGUGCUUCCUUUUGUAGAUGAGCUAUGGGAUGCGGUGAAAGAGACACGCGGAGCUAUUCUGUGAAUUUACUGUUUAGUGCCUCAUCCGCUAAGCAGAAGGAGAUCCUCGGCAUAUCACAGUAAUCUUAACCUACCAUAGUACUACGUAGAAUAGCAUGUAUUUACUCUGGGGUGUACUAAGAAAACUGCAACGGCCGAUACUUACUGGGAUAAUUUCUGGCUAAGAAAGUCCUAUGCUCUAGCGUGCUUUUAGGCAACACUGGUGAACAGAACAUCGACCUUGUGAAUCUGGUGAUGUCACUCUUGAAUUUUGCACUGAAACACAGGCAUUGAUUAGAGACAAAUUACCUCCUGGCGAAGAGUGGCGGCACGAACCGUGAAGAAUCAGCGAGGAUUAGGCACUUAGUUUGAUUUCAAAUCACCAUGACAUAUUC